AUGUCUCCAGGGCCACUGGCAACAACCGGUCCAGCUGACCUAGGGCCAAGAAGAUCACAAGAUCUAUUGUCGAGGGAGUUCAGAGAAUACUUGUCGAGUGACCCGGACUAUCGUAGACUGGACGAACUGCAGCAGAAGGGAUGGAACAACCCAGAAGGCGACCAAUACUUUAACGCCAGGCGACAGAAAUCAGCAAGCGCUGAUCGAGGAGGAGGAAAGUAUGCACUGCUCCGGAUGAUGAAGAACAUCGGCGACCAAUUCAACACCAAGACUGGUGCCUUUGAGAUCUCCAGUGCACAGCCCAAGGUACUCGACUUUUGCAUGGCUCCUGGUGGAUUUGUCAGUUGCGCAUUAAAGUACAACGAAUCUGCGAAGGUGGACGCAUUCAGUCUGCAUCCAAAUCAAGGAGGCCACCGGGUCCUGGUAGACUAUGGCAUCAAAGACGAACGAGUCACGAUGGUCUACAAGGAUGUCACUAUGUUUGCUGCAGAAUUUGGAGUCCCCAGCUCUCCAGAGCAUCACUCAAGAUGGAAGCACCUGCAACAGAAAUGGCCAUACCACACACCUCACUAUGACUUGGUCAUAUGUGACGGCGCCAUCCUGCCAAGUUCCGGCUAUCAAGAUAGCUUCAUGAUCGAAAUCAACAGCAUGAUGACAUUCCGGCUCAUCAACUUGUUCCACGAGUUCUCAUCCGUUCGACUUUUCAAACCACCCAGAGCCCAUGCCAUCAAAUCAUCAUUCUAUCUGCUGGCCAGAAACGUUCAAUCAGAUUCACAACCUUGUCUGGAAGCCAUGACUUUGUUCAAGCAUAUCUGGGAGCAAACCACCUUUGAAACCAUCAGCGAAGCAACCUACAGACUGUGUAAUGAGUUUUCGGUCGAACGGCGACCUCUGUCGCCAGAGCUCGAGGAGUUCGGAUCACGGUACAUUGAACUUGCUCGUCCACUUUGGAAUGUACAGGCGGAUGCUCUGGCGGCUGCCUCGUUUACCAAGGUUACUGCUGCUGCGCCAUCGUAG